AUGCGGAUCUUACAUCGGCACCUUAUACCGGUGGCGGGUAGCAAGGUGCCCCCGGGUUCGCAGCCUUCGGAACCACCACCACCACGGGGGGUCGUCUUCCAUCAGUCAGCUUCACAGCAACUCGACAGCGCAUUUUCGGCAUCCUCGGACAGCGCCCCGCCCAGGAAGCUGGACUUCCUCAUGGACACGCUCACGCGGGUACCGCGUCUCAUCCAAAAGCCGACCUGGUGCACCUACGUCUCGUCUCCCAGCUUGAGCCAGGCGCCUAUCGGACAGGACUAGGUGUACAUGUAGUGCCUAGGCAACGCAAGUAAGGAGUGCUACGAGGGUGGUGUUUUCCCCGAACCCAAUCCACGACCCUCCACCGGCGCGUUGAAGGUCCGUGGCUGGAUCGUUGGAAUUAUGCAGCAUACGUAUACUUUGUCCUCGGCUCUCACGGCACUGGGCACUUUCAUGGACGCUUCGUGGAUGAUGGACGGGCGUCUUAGAGAGGGACUUUUCGCCAUGGCCGUUGUAUUCGCC